AUGGCCGUGUCUGCCAAGUGGCGGGAGCAGUGGAUAGAGGCAGUAUCGCAGAUUCGGAGCGAUCUGGGCUACGAGAAGAGUGCCGAGCAGCUUCGAGCACUACAAAAAACAGGUCUCUUGAGGCUGACAGACUUGAAGAACGAUCCCGCCAAGUUCUUCGAGGCGCACCGCCUCCUGGCGCACCAUGCUCCAAAGCUGGGCCCUGGCUUCUGGAUCCGCUUCACAGUGCAUUACAACCUCUUCGCGGGAUCAGUCCUGGCAGUCGGAAAUGAUCAGCAAGUCGCGCAGUUGGAUGACAUUCAACAGAAGGGCCUGCUAGGCUGCUUUGGCCUGACGGAAAAACUCGCUGGUGUCAACAGUGGUGGAGUCGUCCAAACCACUGCAGAGUGGGACGACGCUUCCAAGGAGUUUGUUAUAACCUCGUCAGAUGUCGGCGCGCACAAGAACUGGAUAUCACAGGGUUUGGUUGGUGAGCUGGCCGUGGUGGUGGCAGAUCUCCACGUCGCUGGCAAGAGGUGUGGAGCUCACGCCUUCUUAAUGCAGCUUCGGAAAGACGGUCAACCUGCCCCCAACGUAGAACUGGGUGACAUGGGCCGCAAAACUGUGGGCAAUGAUCUGGACAAUGCUUGGAUC